UUUCCCUUAAAAAAAUCUUUAAAAACCUCAAUCAAAUCUUGAUUGAAAUCAAGUUCCACUUGAUACUAAUGCAAAAUCACAUUGAACAAAAUGCAUCAGCCAUGUAUCUGUGCAGCAGCCCCAAAUCCAACUGCUACUCUUCCACUACACUCAAACAUCAAUGUUUCCUUUUCACCUACAAACACCUCUUUCAACCUUCCAAAACCAUCACAAUCCAAACGCAUGACAAAGAUUAGGAACCAACCCAUGUUAAAUUCGCACGCCCAACCACACCAUAGGUGGUCUCUAAACGGCAUGACAGCUCUUGUCACCGGUGGAACUCGCGGAAUUGGGCAUGCCAUUGUCGAGGAAUUGACGGGUUUUGGUGCCAAAGUUCAUACCUGUGCCAGAAAUGAAAAUGAUCUCAAUAAGUGUCUCAAGGAUUGGAAUCAUUUGGGUUUUGAUGUUACUGGCUCAAUUUGUGAUGUGUCUGUUCCACAACAGAGGGAGAUGCUCAUGGAGGAUGUUUCCUCUGUCUUCCAUGGGAAACUCAACAUCCUAAUAAACAAUGUAGGGACAAACAUUCGGAAACCAAUGACAGACUUCACAGCUGCGGAGUUUUCAAGUCUCAUUGAUACCAAUUUAGGAUCCACCUUUCAUAUCUGCCAACUUGCAUAUCCACUUCUAAAAGCGUCGGGAGUGGGUAGUGUUGUUUUUAUCUCUUCAGUUUCUGGUUUUGUCUCACUGAAGUCAAUGUCUGUUCAAGGAGCAACAAAAGGGGCAAUUAAUCAACUUACAAAAAGUCUAGCUUGUGAGUGGGCAAAAGACAACAUAAGGAGUAAUGCAGUUGCACCUUGGUACAUCAGAACUUCGAUGGUAGAGCAAGUUCUGAGCAACAAAGACUAUUUGGAAGAGGUGUACUCUCGAACUCCGCUCGAACGCCUAGGAGAUCCGGCCGAAGUGUCUUCUGUUGUUGCCUUUCUUUGCUUACCAGCAUCGUCAUACAUCACUGGCCAGAUUAUAUGUGUUGAUGGAGGAAUGUCUAUCAAUGGUUUCUCCCCGACGCAGAUCUAAGAACUGCACCACAAACAUAACCCACCAUUUCAAGGGACUGGUGGGUGUGGUUCAAAUCUUCAUAGACAGUUGUAAAAUGACUAAUAAUACUAAUUAUAAUGAAUACUAAUUUCUCAUUUUCCAAUUUUUCCAAAAAGAAGCUUUGAGCCUUGAGAAGUCUUGCAUAGGUCCUUUCAAAAAUUUGGCAUCCUUUCAAAGUCCAUCUAUGAUGAUAUAGCAAUUUCUUAUUCUAUGAAAUCACAACCUAGAGCUUAUGCUAUAAAUGGGAGGUUUCCAAUAUUUGUCUUAUUCAUAGCUAUGAGUGUAACUUCUAAGUUUAUUGGACUCAACUUUCAUAUGUUCUUAAUUUGCUUAUAUUCUACAUAAUAUUU